GAGUGUGUGAACAGCUCGAUUAGCUGUAUGUACUUGCAACCAUUUAAUCACUCCCACGAACAAAACGAUUUUAUUUCUAACGUCUUGAACUUCUUACUGAGUAUUGAUUUCCAGGAACGCAAUGUCACAAAUCAUUAACAUCGAUAUGGCAGACCACUUGUCUUUCUCUAUCAGAGUCUAUCGCGUAUAUGAGAAUUUGAUAACGAAAUGUUGCUUUUCGGUGCUCCUAUCACAGUGAUGUUUGCUCCAUGCGCUCGUCCUGCUUUACUUUGCGCUUCGUCUCGGUAACAGUUGAAACAAGUACUCAGUUAUUUUUCGCGGUCGAUCCGCACGCACGACUUUUCGGAUCGAUCGAGGCAUCACUUGAAGUUGAUCACUAUGAUCCCAUCGGUGAAAUGUUUGAUCCGGCUGUUGAUUGCACUAAUCAAGCGAGUGUUUGAAGAUUUGUUCGUUUUGUAUUGGCCAGGAGUUCAGCGACCGGUGGUUCAAGUGCGACAGGGACGGGUCCAGGGAGUAACAGCCAAGCUUCCAAAUGGAAAACCGUACAGCUAUUUCAAAGGAAUCCCAUAUGCUAAGCCCCCGAUUGGCGAAUUACGUUUCAGACCCCCGGUGCCGUUAGAACGUUUUGAUACUCCAGUACUCAAGUGCUUAAUCGAUAGACAUGAUUUUAUUCAACCGCACGUACUGUCCAAGUCAUUUGUCACCGGCAGCGAAGAUGCCCUUCAUUUGAAUGUCUUUACUCCAGCACAAAACGUUUCGAACGAGAAAAAAAUUCCAGUCAUGAUCUAUAUCCAUGGUGGCGGCCUUCAGAAUGGUACGGCUAGUAGCUUCGUGUAUGAUCCCCAGUACUUGGUAAUGCAAGGCGUAAUUGUCAUCACCAUGUCGUACCGUUUGGGUCCCUUUGGCUUUCUGUGUCUUCCGAGCGCUGGAGUUCAUGGCAACUUCGGAUUGAAAGAUCAACGCCAAGCUCUGAUAUGGGUUCAAGAAAACAUUGAACGCUUUGGAGGUGAUCCUGGAAACGUGACGCUGUUUGGCGAGAGUGCAGGAAGCUGGUCGACAUAUUUGCAUUACUUAUCACCUAGCUCAAGAAAAUACUUCCAUCGUGCUAUAUGUCAAAGCGGUGAUACUUGUACAGACUCUGCUCUACAGAUUGAUCCGGAAAUAAAAGCACGCAAGCUGGCAUAUUUACUGGGAUAUAGGGGUAGCUCGGAUCAAGAAGUUAUCGAUAUCCUUAGGAAAGCUCCCGCCAAACUGUUGACCAAGUAUCAGCUGCUAUGUGAUAGCGAACAAGAAAGGGCAUUUCCAUUGAGAUAUCCAUUCAGACCAGUGAUCGAACAACACGAGAGUGAAGAUGCCAUUUUGAACCAGACACCGGAGAAAAUAUUGAAAUCGCGCGACUCAAUCCGGAUUCCCAUGAUUAAUGGAUACGCAAGCAACGAGGGGAUUCUUGCAUUGAAAUCGAACAAGCAUAGACUGAGGCAGUUUCAUCAAAACCCAAAGUGGUUGGUCCCAGAGCUGAUGGGUCACCCUGUUGGCUUGAAUAGGACCGUAGUAGGGGAUCAAAUAAAACAGUUCUACCUUGGAAAUAAGCCAAUUGGCCUGGACACGCUCAACGAAGUUACUGAUUUGUUCUCUGACCACACAUUCGUUACCACGUCAAAUUUAAGUGCGGAAUGGUUGGCGAAGUAUCAGCCCAACGCGAAGCAAUAUCACUACGUGUUUUCGUUCAUUGGAAGAUUUAACUUCCCCAAAGAACUGUACAAUGCCAGUCAUUUGCAAGGUGCAUCCCAUGGCGAUGAUUGUUUCCAUUUGUUCAAUGCUGCAUUUCUACCACGAGUGUCGGUAGAUAGUGAAGAACAUAAGGUGAGGUCAUUCGUUGUACAGCUUUGGGCCAAUUUUGCAAAAUACGGCGAUCCGACACCAGAUGGAGGCAGCUUACCGGUGAAGUGGAAACCUGUGAUGAAAAUGGAUCCUUCUUCAAAAACAUUUGAUUUGGACUGUCUGGAUAUUACAUCGGAGCCAAGAAUGAUUCGGAACCCUUUUCAGGAACGAAAGGAAUUUUGGAGAGCAAUGAUAAUGAAAUAUACUAACUAUUUAUACUCAUUUGGAUCUACAAUCAUGAUUCCACCACCAUCGAAAUCGUUCUUGGCUCGGAUGUUAGUUGCCCGUUUCAAACGAGUGUUUGAAAAUUGGUUCGUUCUUUAUUGGCCUGGGAUCAAGCGACCAGUAGUGCAAAUUAGACAAGGAACAGUCCAAGGGGUUACAGCGAAAUUACCAAAUGGAAAAAGUUACUGCUACUUCAAAGGCAUUCCAUAUGCGAAGCCACCAACUGGAGAACUACGAUUCAGACCACCGGUGCCGUUGGAACGUUUUGACACUCCAGUGCUGAAGUGUUUCGUUGAUAAAAAUGAUUUUAUCCAGCCACUGAGCAAAACAUAUGUCAUGGGCAGUGAAGAUGCCCUUUAUUUGAAUGUCUACGCGCCAGCUGAUCUUAAUCGGGAAAAGAAAAAAACUCCAGUCAUGGUUUUCAUUCACGGCGGCGGUCUCGAGAAUGGGUCGGGUGGCAGCUUUUCGUACGAUCCACAGUACUUGGUGAUGCAAGACGUAAUUGUCGUUAUUAUGAAUUACCGCCUUGGGCCCUUUGGAUUUCUGUGUCUUCCAGGCGCUGGCGUUCAUGGUAACUUCGGAUUAAAAGACCAGCGCCAAGCACUAAUCUGGGUUCAAGAGAAUAUUGACUAUUUUGGAGGGGAUCCUGAUAAUGUGACGCUGUUUGGCCAAAGUGCUGGAGCUUGGUCCACCUAUUUGCAUUAUUUAUCUCCCAGCUCGAGGAAAUAUUUCCACCGUGCCAUAUGUUUGAGCGGUGAUGCGUGCACCGAAUCUGCUCUUCAAAUAGAUCCAGAAUCAAAAGCGCGGAAAUUGGCAUACUUGUUGGGAUAUCGAGGAAAUUCGGAUCAAGAAGUGAUUGACAUCCUUCGGAAAGCGCCUGCUAAAUUGUUGGCUCAAUACGGGUUAUCUUGCCAAAGCGAACGGGAAACAACAUUCGCAUUGACGUUUCCAUACAGACCUGUUGUCGAGCCUACCGACAGUGAGGAUGCAAUUAUCAGCCAGACGCCGGAGAAGAUCUUGAAAGCAUUCGAUACUAUCCGGAUACCCAUGAUUAGUGGAUACACCAACAACGAGGGGAUCCUGGCAGUGGCAGCGAACCAGAACAGACUGGAGCAGUUUCAACAGAACCCUGGAUGGUUAGUCCCAGAACUGAUGGGACAUCCGGCCGGCUUGGACCGGGAAGACGUUGGAAAACAAAUAAAAAAGUUUUUCUUUGGAGACAAGUCGAUUGGCUUGGAGACUGUUGAUGAACUCUCCGAUUUGUUCUCAGAUCACACAUUCGUUACCACGUUAAAUUUAAGCGCAGAAUGGUUGGCAAAACACCAGCCCAAUGCCAAACAAUAUCACUACAUGUUUUCGAGUGUCGGUAGGCUCAACAUUGUGAAAGCGAUGUACAAUUCCAAUCAUUUGCACGGAGCCUCACAUGGUGAUGACGGUUUUUAUUUGUUCAACUCGGCGUUCCUUCCGCGGCUGUCAAAGAAUAGUGAGGAAGCUAAGGUGAGGGAAAUACUUACCAAACUGUGGACCAACUUUGCGAAAUACGGUGAUCCGACUCCAACGAAUGGCAGUUUGACAGUGAAAUGGGAUCCUGUGAAGAAAAUAGAUCCAAGUUCAAAAACAUUCGAUUUGGACUGUUUGGAAAUUACAUCGGAACCAAAAAUGAUUCGAAAUCCUUCACAGGAAAGGAAGGAAUUUUGGAGGGGAUUGAUUCAGAAGUAUACUAACUAUUUAUAGCCUCAAUGCUAUCUAAAUAA